AUGUCGACAAUUUCUGACAAGAUUAGAGAAAUUGAAGCCGAAAUGGCUCGUACACAAAAGAAUAAAGCAACGUCGUACCAUUUAGGUACUUUGAAGGCUAAAUUAGCGAAAUUACGUAAAGAACUUAUGACACCUCAGGGAGGAAGUGGAGGAGGCGGUGGUGCUGGAUUCGAUGUAGCAAAGACGGGAGUAGCAAGAGUAGGAUUUGUUGGGUUUCCAUCUGUAGGAAAGUCUACACUAAUGUCCAAAUUAACAGGAACAUUUUCAGCAGUAGCAGCUUAUGAAUUUACAACAUUAACAACAGUACCAGGAGUAUUACAAUAUAAAGGAGCGAAAAUUCAGAUAUUAGAUUUACCUGGUAUAGUAGAAGGAGCUAAAGAUGGUCGUGGUAGAGGUCGUCAAGUCAUUGCAGUAGCACGAACAUGUUCUCUAAUAUUUUUGGUGCUGGAUGUAUUGAAACCACUUACACAUAAAAAGAUCAUUGAAUCAGAAUUAGAAGGGUAUGGAAUAAGAUUGAAUAAACAGCCGCCAAAUAUCUAUUUUAAGAAAAAAGAAAAAGGUGGUAUAAAUAUGACCAAUACUGUACCUUUAACUAAUUUGGAUCUGGAUCAAGUAAAGGCUGUACUUAGUGAAUAUAGAAUUCAUAAUGCUGAUGUUAAUUUUAAGUGUGAUGCUACCGUUGAUGAAUUUAUUGAUGUUAUAGAAGGGAGAAUUUAUAUUCCCGCCAUUUAUGUUCUCAAUAAAAUCGAUCAAAUUAGUAUUGAAGAAUUAGACUUGAUUUAUAAGAUUCCGCAUGCGGUUCCUGUUUCAGCUCAUCACGAAUGGAAUUUUGACGAAUUAUUAGAUAAAAUGUGGGAAUAUCUUAAUUUAAUUAGAAUUUACACAAAACCAAAGGGACAAUUGCCGGAUUAUAGCGCACCAGUUGUUUUAAGACAAAAUGUUCGUUCAGUUGAAGAAUUUUGUAAUAGUAUUCAUAAAGGAAUUGUUAAACAAUUUAAAUAUGCAUUGGUUUGGGGAAGUUCAGCUAAGCAUCAACCGCAAAAGGUUGGUUUAACUCAUGUACUUAAUGAUGAAGACGUUGUACAAUUAGUUAAACAAUAA